AUGUCUGACUCAGUGUCUGAAGCUACACUCGAUUCUCUCAUGGCAACUAUAAUUGCAGCAAAGAACAAACUCACAGAAUGUCAUGCCCAGCAGGAACAAGAGAAGAAGCAAGCAUUGGAAGCAAACAAGUUUUCCCCUUGCUAUGUCUGA